UCAGUAUAAGAUUUGGAGCCAACUUAAAAGCCUGCGUCACUCGACAUAAAAAUUGUUUGCAUGAAAUCAAUUUAUAGAAUUUGGAAAUUUUACACUAACAUUUUAUGAUACUUAUUAAUAUCGAUAUUUUGGACAAAGGCAUAUUAUAAAAAUAUGUAGUUGUAUUGCACUACAUUCAUUUAUAUUGCGUUGAUGUUUCUAGAUGGUUGCAUAAACAAGUUUUUCGUUUUGCCAGUAUAAGCAGUGCUGACACUUUAUACAGUGAUUGUUUCAUCUUAUCAACCCUUUAUUUAUGUCUGUACUUACUACAAAAUUAUCUAUUGUUUUGUUUCAUUUGAUAGUUUAUACUUUUGAUAAGUACUUAAUAGUUUUAUUUUUAAAAAGUACUCUGUAAUAAACUUUGGCCCCAAGGACUGUAAUCUCUGACGAGACCCUUUUCCAGUGAUCAGUGGCAUUAUCAAUUAAUAAACAAAUACUAAUAAAAGUGUACAAUGAACUUUGUAUUGUCGAAUAUGUAGUAGCUCGUACAUUAAAACAUUUCAUUUGUUGAUUACUUAUUUUUUCAAACGCCAUAACUGUUUAAAGUUUUGAUAUCGUAUUAGUGUUACUACAGUCAAGAAUGGAUAUAUUAGUAAAAGUUAAUAACGAAUCAAAUGGGAGAGAUAAGUUAGCACGUUUGGUGCAGUAUACAAGUCGGUUAGUAUGGCAUCAAUUGGAAAGAAGGAACGCCAAUAAAUAUUCUAUUGAUAGAAUAAAAAACUUGGAAAGUAAUCUUGGAAGUUUCCGAAAAAUUCUAAGACUUGGAAGGUGCAUAGAUGCUUGUUAUGCUGCCUUAAAUGUUAUGCACACGGAAGAUCCAUUUUUAAGAUUUACAUUAACUUCAAGCAAACUGGCACAUGCACUUUACUUGUAUGCAGAUCACAUAGUUUGGUUAUCAAGGAGUGGAUUCUUAAAAACAGAUUCAGACAACUGGAAUACUACAGCCAACAAAUUUUGGCUUUUAUCCAUAGUUGCAAAUCUUGCCAGAGAUUUUUAUGAAAUAUUGCAUAUUUUGGAAUCGAAUAAGUCUGUAUUAUUAAAACCAUCAGAAAUUAGUGGAACAAUAAAACAUUUCAGUUUAACUGAUAGUGCAAAGCAUGUGUGCACAAUAAUGAACUGUCAUAAAGAUGUAUUUAUAGAUACCUUAAAGAACUCUUGUGAUUUGUUCAUACCCUUAACUGCUUUAGGUUUUACAAAAUUAAGCCCCAGCACUAUAGGUGCAUUAGGUGCUGUAUCAUCUGCUGCAGCUCUGUUGACUAUUGUUAAGCCAAUCACAAAGUUAGUGCCAGCUUGAUUAAUUAAUUGUCUUCCAAAUAUUGUCAUUUUUAGUUUUUCACUAUUAUGAUAUGGGAUGAAGGAUUAAUUAAGGUACAUUUAAAUUAUGCUUAAAGUUGUUUAAUUACAUGCUUGGACUUGUUAUAUACUUAAAAUUGUUAAUGAAACUGGAUUUAAUCUAUAUACAUAAAAUAAAAAAUAUACAACACAAUUUAUUGUAUGUAUUAUAUAUUAAAACCAGUUUUUCAUAAAGGGGAAUGUGGUUUUGUAGUUUAUUAAAUAUUUUCCUAAAAAAUUGUGUU